AUGGCGGCGCGUUCGUCUCUUGCCAUGGCUGCUUCGUCCUUAUCCAAUCCCUCCGGUUUCUCCGGGAUUUCCUCCUCCAUGAUCGUCCCAUCUCCGCUCCCUCGUGCCACGUCAGCACUGAGCAGCUCGUCGACCCGACUCCCGGAGCUGCGAUUGUCGCCUGCGACAUGCGACAGUAGGAGCAUGAUAUCUGCGACAGCAGGUUGUCGUAUCAGCAAAGGCUCUCUUAUAGUCACCCGAUUUGGACAAUCAUCCGAUCAACGUCCCUCCCACGAUGGCAACCAACCAGGGUACCCCUAUGCCUUCACUCGCGUUCCUAACGAGGCGUCCUUUAGCGCGGACGGCUCAUGGCCGGAUAACUACAAGGUUUGGGAGAACGGCGGCGGAUUGGUCCACGUGGAGGCGGUGGUUGACAGCUCAGCAGUUAUAGAACCGUCCGCUGUGGUCCACGCGGAGGCUCGGAUUGGCGCGAAAACUAGGAUCGGAUCAGGGUCGGUGGUGGGGCCGUACGUGAAAAUAGGCGCGGAGACUAUCGUAUGGUACAAUGUGUCCCUGACUAAUUGCACGGUUGGGGAUCGCUGCGUUUUCCACAACGGCGUGCAGAUCGGGCAGGAUGGGUUUGGUUUCUUUGUGGACGAAUCCGGUAACAUGGUCAAGAAACCACAGACGCUGGGGGUGCAGAUAGGCAGUGAUGUGGAGAUGGGGGCCAACACAUGCGUGGACAGGGGCAGCUGGAGGGACACGCAGAUUGGUGAUUUCGUGAAGAUUGAUAACCUUGUGCAGAUCGGGCACAAUGUGGUCAUCGGUCGCUGCUGCAUCAUCUGCGGUCAGACUGGCAUUGGCGGCUCGUCCACCCUGGGAGACUACGUGGUGCUGGCAGGGCAAGUGGGUGUGGCGGAUCAUGUCACCAUAGCAGAUAAGGUGCGAGUGGCAGCCAAGUCAGGAGUGGCGUCGGAUAUCAAGGAGCCAGGGGACUAUGCCGGCUUCCCCACGGUGAAAGCGAGCGAGUGGCGGCGAUUGGUGUUCCUCCUCUGGCGCUGCCGGUUUCCGCUCUCCCUCGUUCACUCCGCGCUUCCCCUCCCCCUCCCACUCAUCCUUCCUCUCGAUUUUGCACUAUUCCCGCUGCCCUCCUCUCUUCUUUCCCCCUGCCCCCCUGCUCUCCCCAUCUCCUUCCGCCGCCCCGCGUUCCCCCUCUCCUCCAAUCACUCCGCGCGACCGCAAAGCAGGGACUCCGCGCGGUCGACGCGCGGGGGCCAGCUGUCCGCGGGGGACCUGCUGGGCGGGGAGGAGCGCGUGGGCGCGCGGGAGCAGCGCGACGCCGCGUGGAGCGCGUGCGCGCUGACGGGGGAGGCGCUGAGAGAGCCAAUCGCGGUGUGCCAGCUCGGACGACUCUACAACCGGGAGAGUGUGCUACAGCUGCUGCUGUGGCGAGCGGGGGUUGUUGCAGAGGGGAGCCACAAGUGGCGGUUCACCAAGCUGCAAGACCAACUGCACCGCUUUGCACACAUCCGUUCCACCAAGGACAUUGCCACAGUGCGCUUCCCCUCAGUCGACCAUGCAGCCCACAGCAGCCGGGGUGACAAUGGCGGUAAUAACAGUGGUGAGGGUGAGAAAGCGACCAUUGAUGAUGGCAGCAGGUGUGGCGCUGAUACCAACCGUACUGCUCCUGCUGCUGCUGCUGCUGCUGCUGUUACUGCUGCUGCCGACGCACUGACUGCAUCUGCUGGUGCCAGUAGCAGUAGCAGAGCCGGUGGCAGCAGCGCAACCAGAGAAAGCGGCAGCAGUGCGGGUAGCAGCAGCAGCAGCAGCAGCAGCAGCAGCAGCAGGGACGCCUCGCAUUGGGUUUGCGCGCUUUCAGGCGCCUCUGCCUGCACUGGCUUGCCCUUCUCUCUCCUCCGACCCUGCGGGCAUGCCUUCAGCGCACGAGCCCUGACGCAGGUGAAGGACAGGCAGUGCCCUGUUUGUGGGAAGGAAUACGAUGGAAGCUCUGAUGUCACUCCCAUCAACCCCACACCUGACCAGGUGGAGCAUUUACAGCAGCAACUGAAAGUGAAGGGUCGUGCCAAGAGAAAGAGAGUGCCAGCAUGUGAUCCGAGUCGUCCUCAAUCCGACACCCAGUCUCUAUCGAAGAAUAAACGGUCCUGCAAAAACAACUGA